UUUUUUUCCUUUUUUUUUUCCAUUAUGCGAGCAGCCAUUGCGCUUUUGCUCGUGCUGAGCGCUGCUGCUGCUCACUGCGCAGUCGCUGCGACUCCUCCCAUCGCGUGCACGGCAGUCGACUCGGCCACCUCCACCAACUACGAUCUCUCCUCUCUCUACAAGACCACCGGAAACUGGCUCGUUGAAGACCUGUCGCGCGAGCACCGCUACUGGAUCAACGUGUGCGGGCCUUACAAUGACCAGCCGGCGGACAGCUGCACGACUGGCGACGACACCAACUCGGGCGGUUGCCAGGCAGUUGGUGCGGGCUCGCGCUCGUUCAACUUGGGCAAGGCCUCCAGCCCCACCUUCCGCAACGGCGGGCUGCAGCUCUUGUACGAGGGCGGCGACGCUUGCCACUCUGGCGCGUACAACCGCUCCGUCCUGAUUCGCUUCACCUGCAACCCCAACCAAGUGGGCGCUCCCGUCUUUGUCGAGGAAACCCCCGAAUGCCGCUACAUUCUAAGCUGGGCGACCGCGGCUGCGUGCUCGGGUGGCGUCACGCCUCCCGUCACGGACGCUUGCACGGUGACCAACGCGAAGGCUGGCGUCCGCUACGACCUGUCGCCGCUUCGCAAGACGGGCAGCAACUGGUCGGCGCUCGGCAGCAUGAGUGGCACAAACUACGAGUUUUCCCUGAACGUGUGCGGCCCACUGGUCGCUGACGGCUCCACUUGCGGCGCCGAUCAAGGUGGCUGCCAAAAGCAGGUUGGCGGUGGCACGAGCACUUGGAAUCUCGGCGCGGCGUCGUCCUCGCUCGCUCUUGCCGACGGUGGCUCGGCGGAUGGCGCCACUGACACGAUCAACCUGAUUUACACUGGCGGCACGCCGUGCCACUCGAACGCCUACAACCGCAGCACGCUCAUCAUGUUCACCUGCAAGCCAGGCUCGCUCGGUCAGCCCAAGUUUAUCACUGAGACCGACGAGUGCCGCUACAUUUUCCAGUGGGAGACGUCUCUUGCCUGCGUGGACGAGGACGACAUCGGCCUCGGCAACUGCCGCGUGAAGGACACGUCGAGCAACGUGAUUUACGACCUGUCGAGCCUGACCAAGUCCACUGGCGGCUACCAGUUCCAAGACGACGACUACACGUACCUCAUCAAUGUGUGCGCUCCGAUCGGCGGCACCCCUGGCACUUGCGUGGACAGCCGGACGGGCGCGUGCCAGACCGCCAAGUCCGACGGCCGUUCCUUCCGUCUCGGCGCCGCCACAGACGUUCUGGAGUACGCUGGCGGCAUUCUGCGACUUCGUUACACCACUGGCGAUGCAUGCCACAACAACCAGUUCAACCGCUCGCUGCUCAUCACCUUCUCUUGCGCUCGUGGCCAAGUCGGCGCUCCUCGCUUUGUCGACGAGACUGGCGACUGCUCGUACUUGUUUGACUGGGCGACCGACGCUGCCUGCGGCCCCGCCGAUCCGGACGACAACACCCUUCAGUGCUCUGUGACCGACCCGACCAACGGCAACCAGUUUGACCUGUCCCCGCUCACCCGCACCAAUGGCAACUGGGAGGCCGUCGAUACGCGCCAAGGCGCCUAUUUCAAGUACCUGAUCAACGUGUGCCGACCAGUCAACCCCGUCGCGACCGGCACGCCCGGCUUCAACUGCUCGUCCAAGGCGGGUGCUUGCCAGACCCGCAAUGACCAGCCUGCUGCUGCCUUCCAUCUCGGUGUGCCCUCCAGCCCUUACCUGCUCAACGGCGGUGUCGCGUUGCAGUACAACUUUGGCACGCCCUGCCACAACAACCAGUACAACCGCUCCAUGCUCAUCACCUUCUCUUGCAACCCUGGUGUGGUGGGUGUCCCAACCUUCAUCACUGAGACGCCCGAGUGCCAGUACGUGUUUAGCUGGGCGACGUCGGCCGCAUGCGUCCUCAACCCUGGCGGUGGCGACGUGGUUGGCAGCAACUGCCGCGUCACAGACCCCAUCUCGAACAAUGUCUUUGAUCUCUCGGGUCUCGCCCGCUCUGAUCGCGACUACUCGGUCACUGCCAGCGACGGCUUCACCUACAAGAUGAACGUCUGCGCGCCGCUCGUCGACCGCACCAAGUGCACCUCUGCCAACGCAGGCGUUUGCCAGACGCUGGCCUCUGACGCUACGUUCAGCAAGCUUGCUGGUGUGGCCAACUCGCGGCUGACCUACUCGAGCGGCGGUGUCCUCACACUGACCUACCCGGACGGCCAGUCGUGCCACAGCGGCCAGUUCAACCGCUCGACCGUCAUUUCCUUCACGUGCGCUCGCGGCCAGGUUGGCGCGCCCGUGUUUGUCGAUGAAACGGACGAUUGCUCGUACCUGUUCACCUGGGCCACCGAUGCUGCCUGCCGCCCUUCAGACGAUGACGAGAUUGACUGUGCUGCCACGGAUCCCAGCACGGGCAUCGAGUACGACCUGUCGCCGCUCUCCCGCGCCACUGGCAACUGGGAAGCGUCCGACUCCCGUCAGGGCUAUGCCUUCCGCUACUUUAUCAACGUGUGCCAGCCCGUCAACCCGGUUGCCGGCUCGCUUUGCCCAGUUCAGGCAGGUGCGUGCCAGGCGCUUGCCACCGACCUCUCUGUGGCCUACAGUCUCGGUCGCCCUGCAGCGCCCGUCUUCGCUGACGGUUCGCUCAAGCUCGAGUACGACCUUGGCACGCCGUGCCACUCGAACGCCUUCAACCGUAGCAUGCUCAUCACCUUCACUUGUGCUGCCGAAACGCUUGGUGUCCCCACGUUUGUGACCGAAACAGCCGACUGCCAGUAUGUCUUCCAGUGGGCCUCCUCGGCUGCAUGCGCCCCCACCAACGGCAGCUCUUCCGGCGACUGUCGCGUCACCAACCCCAGCACCAACCAGAUUUUCGACUUUUCUGGCCUCACCCGCACCACCGGCUCCUACUCGGUCACGGUGGGCGACUACCAGUACGACCUGAACGUCUGCGGAGCUCUGCCUGCCUCGUCGCCGUGCUCGUCCAAGGACAGCAAAUCGGCUGCCUGCCAAACCAAACCCAGCGACUCGUCCUUCAGCAAGGUGCUUGGUGUCACUGGCGGCGAGCUGACCUACUCGAACGGCUUCAUCACCCUCGAGUACGACAACGGCCAGGCGUGCCACGACAGUGAAUUCAACCGCUCCACGCUCAUCAUCUUCUCGUGCGCUCGCGGCCAAGUCGGUGCGCCCGUCUUUGUGCAAGAAUCGGCCGAUUGCGUGUACAUUUUCAACUGGGCCACCGACGCUGCCUGCCCUCCCAGCGACCAGCUCGAGUGCAUGGCCACCCAUCCCACCACAGGUCGCCAGUACGACUUGUCGCCGCUCAUCAAGACCAUCGGCAACUGGGAAGCGUUGGACUCUGCCGAGGGCGACUCGUACCGCUACCUGAUUAACGUCUGCCACGCCAUCAACCCAGACGCGUACUCGAACAAGUGCAACGUUCGCUCUGCGGCUUGCCAGCUCAAGCCAACUGAUCCUGACUUUGCCCACGACCUGGGUCUCCCCGCCGCGCCCACGUUCACCAACGGCGCGCUGACGCUGCAGUACAGCCUGGGCUCGUCCUGCCACAAUGGCCAGUUCAACCGCAGCGUCCUGAUCACCUUCACGUGCAAGCAAGGCUCGCUCGGCGUUCCCAAGUUUGUGACUGAGACUGACCAGUGCCAGUACAUGUUCAUGUGGGAAACGUCCGUGGCCUGCGACGCAAACAAUGGCACGGCCUCGACCGGCUGCCGCACCGUCGAUCCGCUUACCAAUGAAGUGUACGACCUUUCUCCGCUCUCUGCCUACCAGGCCGACUACUCUGUGGCUGGGAACGGCUACAUCUUCAAGCUGAACGUUUGCGCGCCGCUCAAGGCCCCCUGCGGCACUGCGACCUCGGCCAUGGCCUGCCAGACCCAGCCGCUCAACCCCAACUUUAAAGACACUGCCACUGGUCUGGCGACUCCUCAGACGAGCUCGAUCUCGUACUCGUCCGGUGUCAUCACGCUCCAGUACACUGGCGGACAGUCGUGUCACGAUGGCCAGUUCAACCGCACGACCAUCAUCAUGUUCACGUGCGCCCGCGGUGUGAUUGGCGCUCCCGUGUAUGUGUCCGAGUCCAGUGACUGCACCUACACGUUCACCUGGGCAACCGACUUUGCCUGCCCUUCGUCGGAUGCUCUCGAGUGCGUUGUUCGCGACCCCAAAUCCAACACCAUGUAUGACUUGUCCGUGCUGACGCGCGCAGACACCAACUGGGAGGCGCUCGACUCGCGCCAAGGCUUCAACUAUCGCUACUUUAUCAACGUGUGCCACGCGAUCGUCCCGACCGCCGCCACGGCUGCCUGCAAUUCGCGCACUGGUGGCUGCCAAGUCUCCAACUCCAACUCGAGCAAGGUCUACAGCCUCGGCUACCCGGCCGCCCCGACCAUCUCUGCUGGCGGCGUGAUUAGUCUGCAGUACGAUCUCGGAACCCCGUGCCACUCGAAUGCCUUCAACCGCAGCAUGCUCAUCACCUUCACCUGCAAGCGCAACUCGCUGGGCCAGCCCACCUUCAUUGACGAAACUCCCGACUGUCGCUAUGUCUUCAACUGGGAAACGUCGGCUGCCUGCGCUCCCAUUUCGAACGGCACCACGGGCGACUGCCGCGUGACCAACACGCUCACGGGCGACGUUUUCGACUUUUCCACGCUCACCUCCAGCGGAUCCGACUACCAGAUUGCAUCCGGCGACUACGUCUACAACCUCAACGUCUGCGGCCGGACCAACACCCAGUGCGGCAACAACCCCAACGCUGCCAUGUGCCAAACCAAGCCUUCGGACGCGAGCUUUGCCAAGAGCGGUGGCUCCGUGUCCUCGACCUUGACAUUCAACAAUGGCAUCAUCUCGCUGCAGUACUAUGGCGGACAGUCGUGUCACGAUGGCCAAUUCAACCGCUCGACCAUCAUCACCUUUACAUGCGCCCGUGGCCAGAAGGGCUCCCCUGUCUUUGUCUCCGAGUCUGAUGACUGCGUCUACUUUUUCACCUGGGCUACCGACGCGGCAUGCACGGCCGGCGACAGCAUCCAAUGCAUUGCUCGCGAUCCUGCUACCGGUAUCCAGUACGACCUGAACCCGUUGGCCCGUGACUCUGGCAACUGGCAAGCGGUCGACACUCGCGAUGGCGGCGCCUUCCAGUACUUUAUCAACGUUUGUCGCGCCAUCAACCCGGUUGCCGGCACAUCCUGCUCGGUUCAGUCUGGUGCCUGCCAAGCGCAGACCAGCAACAUGCUCAACUCUUGGAGUCUGGGUCGCCCCUCCGGCCCGCAGUUUGCGAACGGUGUUCUCACCUUGAAGUAUGAUCUCGGUACGCCGUGCCACUCGAACGCCUUCAACCGCUCGAUGGUGAUUACCUUCACCUGCAAGCCCGAGUCGCUCGGCGUUCCCAAGUUUAUCACCGAGACGAACGACUGCCAGUACAUUUUCCAGUGGGAAAGCUCUGUGGCCUGCGCCCCUUCCAACGGCACCGGCAACGGAGACUGCCGCGUUGUUGACUCGCUCACCAACAAUGUGUUUGACUUGUCCUCCUUGGCCUCAAGCGCAUCGGACUAUGCCGUCACUGGCUCUGAUGGCUUUGUGUACCAGCUGAACGUUUGCCGCGACCUCGUUGACCACUCAAAGUGCGCCGAGCCGAAUGCCGCCGCCUGCCAGACCAAGGCCACCGACCCCGGCUUUGGCAAGCUCGCUGGACGCAUCAGCACCUCGCUCACCUACAAUGACGGCGCCAUCAGCCUCAAGUACGAAGGAGGCUCGGCGUGCCACAACGGCGCGUUCAACCGCUCGACCCUUAUCACGUUUACGUGCGCGCCUGGCCAGAAGGGCGCCCCGGCUUUCGUCCUCGAAACCGGUGACUGCGGCUACGUUUUCAACUGGGCCACUGACGCUGCUUGCCCUGCCGACACGGAUAUCGAGUGUCUCACAUUCAAUCCCGCGACUGGUGAGCAGUUUGAUCUUUCGCCUCUCAUCAAGUCGACCGGCAACUGGGAGGCACUUGAUACCCGCGAUGGCGGCACCUACAAGUACCUGAUCAACGUGUGCCACGCCCUCAACCCGACCUCGUCCUCGUCGAGUGUUUGCCCUGCUCGUAGCGGCGCGUGCCAGACCAAGCCGUCGGACACGACGUUUGGCCACGACCUUGGCCUCCCUGCUGGUCCCACGAUCAAAAACGGCCAACUCACGCUCGAGUACGACCUUGGCAGCUCGUGCCACCAGGGCCAGUACAACCGCAGCAUGCUCAUUACCUUUGCCUGCAAGCCAGACACGCUGGGUGUCCCCCGCUUCAUUGCCGAGACGGACGACUGCCAGUAUGUCUUCCAGUGGGACACGGCUGCUGCCUGCGCAGUGAACAACACGACGCCCGUCACCGACGACUGCCGCGUUGUUGAUCCUCGCACCAACAACGUGUACGACCUGAGCGGCCUCACCAAGACCACUGGCGACUACACUGUCGGUGCCGGCGACUACAGCUAUCACCUGAAUGUGUGCGGCAAGCUCAGCUCGGUCGCGCCCUGCAAGAACAGCAAGUCGGCUGUCUGCCAGACCAAGGUCUCUGACGCGUCGUUCGGCAAGGACGGUGGUGUCGCGUCGUCCUCGCUCAAGUUCAACGACGGCGUCAUUUCGCUGCAGUACACUGGCGGCUCGUCGUGCCACGAUGGCGCAUUCAACCGCUCGACCGUCAUCACCUUCACGUGCGCUCGUGGCAAGGUUGGCAGCCCCAUCUUUGUUCAGGAAACCAACGACUGCACGUACUUUUUCACCUGGGCCACUGACGCUGCCUGCCCACCCGCGGAUUCGAUCGAGUGUUUGGUGUCGGACCCCACCUCGGGCGUGCAGUACGACUUUUCGUCGCUCACGCGCACGUCUGGAAACUGGGAGGCUCUCGACACGCGUGAAAACGGCAAGUUCAAGUACCUCAUCAACGUUUGCCACGCCAUCAACCCGGUUGCCGGUGUCUCGUGCGAUCCCAAGUCCGGCGCAUGCCAGACCAGCCCGUCCGAUGCCACCUUCACCAACUACAACCUUGGUCUGCCAGCCGCACCCUCCGUUGUUGAUGGCACCAUUGUGCUGCAGUAUGUGGGCGGCACGCCCUGCCACAACAAUGCCUACCAGCGCAGCACGCUGAUCAAGUUCUCCUGCAAGGCCGAAACGCUUGGCUCGCCCGUCUUUAUUACCGAAACCGAGUCUUGCCAGUACGUCUUCCUCUGGGAAACCUCCGCGGCCUGCGGUCCCGCCAACGACACGACCGGCACGGACUGCCAAGUUGCCGACCCCUCCAGCGGUGCCAUCUACGACCUGCGCCCGCUGGCCAGCACGACUGACUACUCCUUCCUGGUGGGCUCUGACAAGUACACCAUCAACAUGUGCAAGCCCCUUGUGACCCAGUGCGGCACGGAUGCUUCUGCUGGUGCCUGUCGCUUUGCCUCGACUUCCACGCCCGCUGCCGGCACUGUUCUUGGCCAUGCAAGCACCACGCCGCUGCUUUCCAACGGCCAGCUCUCCCUGAACAUGUCUGGAGGCGCCGCCUGCGGUUCGGGCUCGCGCAACGUCAUUGUCAGCUUCUCGUGCAACACUGCCUCGCUGGGCCAGCCUGUCUUUGUCACUCUGGACAGCUGCAAUGUCUAUCUGCGUUGGGAGACGUCUGCCGCGUGCGGACCCAACCCGAACGAAGGCAUGUGCACUGCGCAUGAUGCUGCCAACGGCUUUGACUACAACUUGGGCGUCCUGACGCGCUCGGAAACCAGCUGGACAACCGCUGGCAAAUCCGGUGCUCGCUUCUUCCUGAAUGUGUGCGACCGUGCGUUCGGCUCGCCUUGUGGCGACACUGCAGCGUCCUGCCAGUCCAACAAUGGCCUCGUCAUCGACCUCGGCCGCUCGUCCCGUGCACUCCAAGUCACUGGCGAAGGCAAGCUCUCUUUGACGUACACUGGCAACCAGUUCUGCGUUGGCACCACCUACUACACAACCAAGAUCAACUUUGUCUGUGCCCGAGGCAUCCUCGGCAGCCCCGUGUUCGAAGGCGUGACCAACAACUGCCAGUACACGUUCACCUGGAAGACUUCUGCUGCCUGCCCUGUGACUGCUCCUGCAACAAGCACAACCUGCGCCGUGUACGACCCGCUCACAAGCAACGUGUUCAACGUGACUCGUCUGUCGCGGCCGACCAGCAAUUACGUUGUCGAUGCUUAUCGUGGCGGUGUCCUGUAUCGCUACCAACUGAAUCUUUGUCGUGAGGCUGUUUCGACUCAAUGCCCGGCUGGCACUGCCGUGUGCGAGACGCGACCCGACGUCCCCACCUACUCCAGGGCUGUCGGCAAGGUUGCCUCCACCCUUCAAGCAGCAGAUGGCGCUCUUUCGAUGACUUUUGCUCGCACCAACCAGCAAUGCGACGACGUCAAGUACACGCCCUCGUCCAUCAUCAUGUUCAGCUGCCGUGCCGAUUCGCUUGGCGAACCCACCUUCCUGUACCGUUCGGAGAGCUGCGAUUAUGUGUUUAGCUGGGCUAGCUCUGUUGCUUGCAUCAACUACACACCCGAGCCACAUCCCACGGACAACAACAACUCUGCUGCGAGCAGCAACAAGACCCAGGUCACCGUUAUCGCCGUCGUUGUGAUUUUGGUGGUGCUUGUGCUUGCCAUGGGCUUCUUGCUGCGAAAGAAGUCGCGAAGGACGGCGUUGAUGGCGAUUGUCCUUCGACCAUUCUCCAUGUGCUCGCGCAAUGCCCAGACCUCCUACUACUCGAGCCUAGGUCGCGGUACUGAUCUUGAACGCGUCAUGGCCUCCGAGGACGAUGAUGACUUGAUGGCCUUGUAA